CAUGUUCGAUUGGCGAAACGAAUGGAAAUGUUGCUACGAGCUGAUCCAGUGUUUGAAAUUGUCGGUGAAGUGAUCAUGGGUCUCGUCUGCUUUAGAAUGAGAGGAAACGACGAACGAAAUCAGCAAUUACUUACACGACUUAACAGUUCGGGAAGAAUACACAUGGUGCCAGCCUCACUGAACGAUCGUUUCGUGAUCCGAUUUUGCGUUUGUGCCGAGAAUGCCUCCGAAAACGAUAUCGACACUGCUUACAAUAUUAUAAGCCAGACUGCUCAGCAUAUUUUACGUGAGUAUCAUUAG